CUGAGCAUCUGGCGGGGCAGUUUUGAGCGACGCUCGGAGCCUUGUGCGGCGGUGGUGGGGUUCUUGCAGCCACCUCAUGGUCCAACGACCAGGGUCUUUCCAAAAGUCUACACCACACUCCCCUCCCUCCUCAGCGUCCCCCAUCGCGAAAUCAACCCACCACCGCACCCUGCGUCUCUUCAGCCUUGCGCUACUCUACGCAAAGCCGGCCAACGUCGUCAUUUCGAACCCGUCCGUUCCAUUCACAGCCCCCACGACUCAGACACAACCUCGCCCACCAUGGAUAUCCGCCUCCUCAAGCCCGCCGACCUCCCCCUCAUACAGCACGCCAACCUCGAGAACCUGCCCGAGAACUACUUCCUAAAGUACUACCUCUACCACGCCCUCUCGUGGCCCCAGCUCAGCUAUGUCGCCGUCGACGUCUCCCGCCCCAAGCGCACCCCCUACGACUACCCCAAGAUCGUCGGCUACGUCCUGGCCAAGAUGGAGGAGGAGCCCACCGACGGCGUCGCCCACGGCCACAUCACCAGUCUCAGCGUCAUGCGCACCCACCGCCGCCUAGGUAUCGCCGAGAAGCUGAUGCGCCAAAGUCAACUCGCCAUGGUCGAGACCUUCGGCGCCCAGUACGUCUCCCUCCACGUCCGCGUCUCCAACCAGGCCGCCAUCCACCUCUACCGCGACACCCUCGGCUUCAAGAACGAAAAGACGGAGAGCAAAUACUACGCCGACGGCGAGGACGCCUACUGCAUGAAGCUCGACCUGAGCUACAUCCGCGAGCAGAUCCAGGACGAGCGCGACCGCGAGGAGGAGGAAGCCGCUACAGGUGAAGCCGCAGACGAGGGUGAGGCCGUGGGCGACGUCGGGCGCGAUCCGAACGCGCCCGCCGCUGAUAAGAAGCGCAAGGUCAAGGUCGGUCGCGGGUUGGGUGUUGGGGAGCUUGUUGAGAAGAAUGAGAGUAAGAACUAA